AUGCAUUAUUUAAUUUAAUGUAAUUGUGAUGAUAUUUAUCUUAUGACAACAACUAUAACUAUUUCAUUAUAUUAAAAGUGUGUCUGUACCGUAAUUAUGAUCAGAGGUAGCUAUAAGAUAAGCUCAGCUGUGUGCAUAUACCCUCACAUCCAACUAUGUUUCCAACCCUCCAUUUCCAGGCCACCAUUUUAAACAUUUGCUUCCUUCUAACGUAGUAACCCACUGUCGUUCUUCAAGUUCUCUCCCUUAAGCCAUAUAUUGUUGUUCAUGUCAAAUGGAUAGCUUGAACUCUUACUAUCAAGGGCAAUACUUUUACAUGGAGAUAAACCCAGAUUUGGGGAUGGGUGAACUUCCAUACACAUUCUUUCGGAGAUUCAAAGAUGUCAUCCCAAACUCCAUGACAUUUUGUGAUUUUGCUGGUAAUGAGGUUGAUGUGGUUAUCGACAAGUGUCACCGAACGGGUAUAGUUGCUCAUGGCUAUAAUAAUCUUACUGUGCUUUAUGGCCUAAAAGAAGGAGUUUGGUUGAGUGUAUGUUAUGUUAGUCGAGACAAGUUCCUAGUCGUUAAUGUCAAGGACCAUUACAUGCGCUCUAAAGAGCUGUGUUCCCCACCACUGAAGCUUACUGUUGAGGUCAAGCCAUCCGUUCUUAUUGACGAAGUAAUAGACAUAUCUGAUGAUAUAUGUGAUGAAAGUCCCGUCGUUGAUCCAGUUGAAUUUGUAGCAAUUCCUGAAAUCUUGCAUCAACAAGAUAAUUCUACUCCCUUUAAUCCAAAUUCGGCUGACACAAUUAACCAGCACAUAGUCUUCCACAAUGAGUUGUCGACACAUUAACUUGCGUUGAUCCCACCGUUUAUGCCGGUCUUGAACCUUAUUCAGGUAGAUUCAUUUCCUCCCCUAACAAGCAUGUCGAACAGGAACAAUUUAUUCCAAUACCACAGUUACUAUCUUUUUCUGGUGUUCCUUCCUCGCCUAGUAACAUUUCCACCAACUGGUAACAUAUUUGCCCCGCUAGAGAAGACUAUUCACCAUUCAA